UAGUUGUGGUGUGCCGGGAGGUUUGCCUUUCACAGUUCUGGAAAACAACUUAAUCUUCUGCUUUUACUUGAUAAUUUAUGAUUUAUUCUGCGUAUUUUGUCGAUUAAACUUAAUAAACAGCGCGAGCCGAGCGCGAAGGAAGCAACAUGGCGCAGUACAAAGGCGCCGCCAGCGAGGCUGGCAGAGCCAUGCAGCUGAUAAAGAAGAGAGAAAAGGAGAGAGAGACGGUGGAGCUGCUCAAGAUAAAGAUUGCAGAGGACAACAUGGUCAAGUCCAACAUCGACAAGAAGUUCUCGGCUCACUACGACGCCGUGGAGGCGGAGCUUAAGUCCAGCACCGUCGGUCUGGUGACGCUGAACGACAUGAAGGCGAAGCAGGAGGCGCUGGUGAAGGAGCGCGAGAAGCAGCUGGCCAAGAAGGAGCAGUCCAAGGAGCUGCAGCUCAAACUGGAGAAGCAGAAGGAGAAGAAGAGAAAGGAGGAGCAGAAGAGGAAGAUCGCCAGUUUAUCCUUCAACCCGAAGGACGAGGGAGAAGGGGGGGAGGAAGAGGAGGACGAGGAGGAAGAGGAGGACGAGGUGGACUAUUGUCCGGCGAGGAAGAAAUAUUUGGGUAAAAAUCCAGACGUGGACACGAGUUUCCUUCCAGAUCGAGACCGAGAGGAGGAGGAGAACCGCCUCCGAGAGGAGCUCCGGCAGGAGUGGGAGCUGAAGCAGGAGAAGAUAAAGAGCGAGGAGAUCGAGAUCACCUUCAGCUACUGGGACGGCUCCGGACACCGGAAGACCGUCAAGAUGAAGAAGGGGAACACCAUCCAGAACUUCCUCCAGAGGGCGCUAGAGGUCCUCAGGAAGGACUUCAGUGAGCUGAGGUCUGCAGGCGUGGAGCAGCUGAUGUACAUCAAAGAGGAUCUGAUCAUCCCUCACCACCACAGCUUCUACGACUUCAUCGUCACCAAAGCCAGAGGGAAGUCAGGGCCGCUCUUCAGCUUCGACGUGCACGACGACAUCCGGCUGGUGAACGACGCCACGGUGGAGAAAGACGAGGAGAGCAGGAUCCCUGAGUCCCGCAGCUUCAAAAUAAAAGCUUCUCAGCUUCCUCCAGAUGUAUCGCUGGUUGCUUAGAAGCCUCGAGUGUCGACACGUGCCCGACGCAUCAAUCACAACCCAGAGGACGAGUGUGACCACACGGCUGCUUCUACUUUUAGAGGCUCGGAGCAUGAAAGAUUUAUUGAUUAUCAGAAGGAUUUAUUGUUUAUCUGCUUCUAUUUAUUGUUGGAUGUAUUUCUGGGAUUAGAGUUUUAUCUUUUUCCUACAUUUCCUGGCUGAGUCUGAAGCUCGCUGUGUGUCGUCUUGUCAGAUGUUUUCUUUGUUUCUGUUGGUCAAUAACUUCUUGAAAUUGCUUUCUUUUAGUUUUUUGUUUCAUCCUGUCGUUGUUGUUGUUUAUUCUGUGUUAUUUCAAAAAAAUUGCCAUAAAUGUGUAUUUAACUAAAAUGAGCAUCAUCUAAAAUCUGCACAUGCGAUGUCGAAGACAUCUGUACAUGUCUGAUUGCCUACUUUCAAUUUAAUUAGAAUAAUGAAGAAAAAAUAUAAUAAUAUAAUAACAGUUCUAUAUUUUAAAAAAAAGAAAUGUCUAAUUGAAUCGAUGCCUACUUUCAAUUUAAUAAAAACAAUGAAGGAAACAAAAUAUAUAAUAUAAUAUUUAUCCCCCUAAAGAAAAAAUAAAGAAAUGUCUAAUUGAUGCCUACUUUCAAUAAUACAAAUGUAUAUAUGUAUUUGUGUGUGCGUAUAUAUAUAUAUGUGUGCAUAUAUAUGUAUAUAUAUAUAUGUGUGUAUAUAUGUAUAUUUGUGUGUGUAUGUAUAUAUAUAUAUAAAAAUCUUUUAUUUUGAAAAGCUGACCCGGUGGUGUCCCUGCAGUCCCAUGCAGGUAAAGUGGUGCUGAGGAGCUGGUACGAGAAGAACAAGCACAUCUUCCCCGCCAGCCGCUGGGAGCCGUACGACCCCGAGAAG